AUGCUUGCCUCGCCGGUCGCCGUUUGCGCCCUUGGCUGCCGCCUGGAAUGGAGACGUCCAGGACGUCCCUUGCCCUCCCGCCCGCGGCUUGCGCUGCACAGUGUUCCCUGGCGUCACAAGGAGUUGGCCACGGAGAAAAUCGCCGAUGCCGCCGGCUGUUUGGCUGACGGCAACUUCGCACAGGCGGCAGCAUCGGCUUUGGCAGUAUUGGCCUUGGCAUCGGGUUGGAAGCCAGCCAGGGCACCCCACCUGGCGGCGGCGCCGCCGCCGGUGGCCGACUCUGCCUUCGAAGGGGCGCUGUCAAGCUGCCCUUUAACCCUGCAGGCGCUCCGCCUGCGGCUGCUGGCGCGACUGCAGCUGCGCGCCUUCGAAGGGGCUCGAGCCGACGCACGCGCUCUCUCGCGCGCGGCGUCGCUGCGUGUUCGGGGUGGUGCGGAGAGGUGGAGGGACUACCUCGCCCUGGCGCGCCUCGCGGAGGCUGCCGCCGAGGUUGGCCUCGGGAGCUACGAAGCUGCCCAGGAUCUCCUUCGAGAAGAUCUCGGUUUUCCAAGCACGUCGCAACUCGCCGCGGCAUGGCGGCGAGUGGACCGGCAAGCGAAAUGCUUCCAACGGCUCUCCGAGGGCGGCUUCUCUGAGAUGAGUCCGGUCUACUUUGUGGAGGAUGAUGAAGGAGGCGAACUCGACGAGGAGGGUGUGGCCGGUGUGGCCGCAGAGGUGGAGGAGGCUUCGUGGCACGUGGCGGUCUCACUUCCGGCCUUUCCUGACUAUGUCUGUGAGGAUUUGAAGGUGAGCCUUGCUCCCAACGGCCAGAGGGGGGUCGUCGCCGCUGCGGACAUCCCCCGGGGCACGCUUCUGAUGGCCGCCAAUGCCGCGGUCUUCCAAGGCCCAUCGGCGUUCCCGGCGCCCCCCACUGCGAUCGGGGCGCGGCCCGGGCGCGCCAGCGCUGCGCCUGCACGCCUGGUGAAGGCUUUUCCGGACCCCACAGCGCCCAUGCAGAAGGCUUUGUCCACUACACUCGCCGCCUCCGGCAAAGCUCGCCGAGGGGUUGGCUUACUGAGCACCGGUGAGGUGCAGCCUGCCGUUGGCCGUGAUGUGCUUCAGGGCCUUUCAGCAGCCGAGGCAGAAAGCCCUGGGAGACAGCUCGGCGCGGAGCAGCUGUUCGGCGUCCUGAAGACGAAUGCCUUCUCCUGCGCCUCACAUGGCUGGGGUCUGUGGGUGUCCAUCGCCUUCGUCAACCAUGCGUGCUGUCCCAAUGCGCAGUACGUGAUCACAGAGAAGGAGGAGGGAUCGGUCAGCUCUGCCCGCGGAGGUGGCUUGAUGCUGCUGCGCGCGGCCAAGGACUUGUCCAAAGGCGACGAGGUCACAUUUGAAUACUUUGGCACAGCGCAUGCGGUGCGUAGCUACCGAGGCAGACAGGAAAUAUCGCAAAACCACGGCGCCUUGGGCUUCACCUGCAACUGCCCAAGGUGCGCCUUCGAAAACCGCAGCAGGGAAGAGCCCUUCUUUCAGGAGCUCAGAAGGUUGUUGCCGCAGCUGGAAGCAUUGGACUCGGAAGACUCGGCGGCGAGGCUCGAGGAGUUCAGCCGCAUCGUUGAGAAGCUGGAGCAUUUGGUGUCUUCGCUGCCGCUGGACUGGACAGUGGAUACAUUUGUGGAUGAGCCUCCGGGUGUGAGACGCACCAUCGAGCCGGCCUGGCAUCGGCGACAACGCAAAGCCAGGACACGAGCCAGGACCCUUCUCCGAGCGGUUGGCUCGGGCUGGAUCGAGGCAUCGCAGCACCGGCUUCAGGCGGCUCAGCGCUUGGUGUACGACCACCAUUCCACGAUGGCGGCAUCAGCGGCGUGGCAUUGCCGGAGCUGCAAGCAGUCAGUGAGAGGCACCUUUGCUUACUGCCCGAGUUGCGGACAGCAUUGGAGUGCCACAGGCACCUAUGCCAAUCAGCCCCAGCAUGCGCCGUGGCCGCACAAGGACGACCAUGCCUGGGGACAACAGGAGCCGUGGACUUCCCGUCAGGACCCGCGCGCUCGGUCUCCCAGAAGCCGCAAGGCGAAGUCACCUCGCAGCCGUGGACAGCCGGACAAGGGUGGUGGCAAGGGCAAGACCAAAGGACCCAAGGGGCAGCCUGCCUCCAAGGGAGCCGGCACUUCAGUCCCGCCAGAGCGAAGUCUUCCGGCGGCGCCAGUGCCAGCAAUCCCUCCUCCUCCCAAGGAGGGCACGACGUCGAAUGGUCUGACGGCUUCAGACCACCUGCUGCAGCAACUCAUUGGUGCGAUGAGUCGUACCCGGGAGGAGCUACCACAGCAGCUUCGAUCCCUCCUCGACGAACAUACUGGCGAGGACCACAAGACAGCGGGACGGGCCAUGCACAAGCUCGUCUCGGCCCAGACAGCAGCGCGCCGAGAGCUCGACCAGAUCAAAGCGGCCAGAAGAGACUUUCUUGCACAGUGGACCAAGUACACCACCAAGCUCUGCCAAACCUGGGAACAGCAGCUGCAAGAGAAAGCGACCGCCAUGCAGGAGUUCGACCAGUCGGAAGAGCGGUGGUCACAGCAACUGCAGGAAACCAGUCGCGACAUUUCCAAGCUGAAUGGGGAGGUUCAGCAGGUGGAUGGGUCGGAUUCCGAGGACAUGAACACCGCGGACCAGGCCAUCGACGAGGAGAUACAACGCGAGCAGCAGCGGCGCCAGUUCCAGGAGCAGAUGGCGGUGAGGGAGGCGGAGAUCUCCAGAACGCUCCAAGCUGCCUGUCAGGCAUCCAAGGAACAGGAGGCCUUUCUCGAGAGACCAGAUCGAGAACGCUCUCCACGCCGACGCGCAGAACAGCCGCCUGGAAAAGGCAAGCAGGACGUCAAAAUGGAUGCCAAAACGGAAGUCAAGCAGGAAAAGCCAGAGGGCGCUACUGGUGGUGGUGCUACCUCUGGACAGCAACACCCUGCCUAG